UACGUCCGUCAGCUUGCCAAAUUAAAGAAAUAAUCAUUUGUCCACAAGCAAUCAUGAAUUCAACACGUGUAUGCAUCUUUUUCGCUUGCAUAUCUUUUAUAGCUGGUCAAACUCUGAGGAGUAUAUUUACGAAACAUUUUGUUAUAGAAGAUUACCGCUGUAGCAAUGAGACACAAGUCGCAUUUAAUAAAAGUGCCAUUUACCGGUAUCUCAGGUGUAUUGGUGAUUGUGGAAGAAUGAGUUCCUGUAUGAGUGUUCUAUACGAUCUUGAGACCUUGUCAUGCAUUGGUUGUAACAAUGUCAUAAGCGUGGAAGACACAGUAGAAAAUUCAACUUUGAUGGCUUUUCAAAAACAAGUCGGAUUUACACCUACGCCGACAACAACGACUACGGCUCUUCCUGCAUUCUCAUGCCCGCCCGACGAUUCUAUUUUUAGAACAGUACAAUUGUCCGAUGGGGAGCAUUUCACUUACAAGGUGAUUAAGACGUUUGUGACACAGUGGGAUGCUAGGGCAGCGUGUAACGCCCUUGGUGGAUUCCUUGCUCGCGUGAAAACUGUUGCCAAAAUGAACAUGCUUCUGGAUCUUGUCAGGAAUUGUUCAGGCUACAAUGUUGCCGAAUACUAUGUUGAUGGAAGCAAUGCAAAUGCUACAGAUUAUUAUUGCACCAGGGGCGUGGACGUUUGUGGACGGAGACCCAGUCACUAUGUCGGCAGACUUUUGGGGGCACACGGAUAUCCAAAUAACCCAAACAUUCAACAUUGCUUACGCAUGCAAAAUGCAACUGCAAACUACAAGUUUGAUGAUUGCUUAUGUGCCCUUGUAUGCUACUAUAUUUGUGAAAAAUAG